UUUGAAGUCGGCAGGCACAGCACCCAUCCCGCGGGACCAUGAGUCGCGAGGCGCGUAAGACGGCGCAGAUCUGGGCGUCGAUCGAGAAGAUGCAGAAGAAGGAGGACGAGCUAAGUCUGUCGGACAACAGCUCGGACAAGACGCAGAAGCAGCAGCGCAAGAAAAAGAAGCACAAGCGGUCCCCCAGUGACGACGACGACAACGCACUUACAGGCCCAGUCCCAACAGGAGCGUGCGACGCUGGCAACCAAGACGACACCUGUCACACCCAAACGAAAUCGUUAGCGCUGCACAAGAGUAGUGACUUCAUUCGCAGCAGUCCCUUCGUUCCUCCGAGAAAGAAGUGGGUGAACCAGUGGACUACACAUCUCGGCCCCAAAGUCCGCAACCAGGACGAAGAAGUCUGCAGUUCUAAGCCAGAUAUCGUGCCGUCGGUGAGCACUGCCAGUAGCAGUAGCCAUCAUCACACCUCCGGCGUUCCAACCAGUCCCAGGCCUCGUGCUCACAAUGACGAAACACCAGGGUCAGCAAGCCACGGCGUCUCCGCCCUUGUGAGUCCGCACCACGCCGGUCAAUCGAUUCAAGCCCCUCGCCUGGAUCACCUUGUCGCGUCAGCUACCGUUCCCACUGUGCUGCCAACUUCUCCACGUGUCCAUGCCGGCGUCACUGUGGCAACUCUCGCAGUAGCCCAAGCCGUUCCACCCCUGAAAGAAGACGAAGCUGAAGAAGGUGAGUAUACAGCAAGUCCUCCGCGCCCGUCGCCGACUGACACAGGAACGACAAUCGCUGCUCUCGCCUUGAAAGCGCCUGUUCCAGAUUCUACACGCCUACAUCAACCCCCGGUCCCACCACUGACGCCAUCGCCAAUUCGUCAGCAGGAAGGUUCCGUCAUCUCUGCCCAUACUCCAGAUAACGGAAGUUCCAAGGAGCAUGCCCCGUCGACCACAACUCCCGCCCCGCCAGCGUCUCCCGUCAUGAAUGCUCUCGGUUCGCGCCGCAAGCGAAAGUCCCUCUGGGAUGUUGGCGAUCCCCGCGUCGAUGACGGCAGGAUGCCUAGCAGCGACACCAUCCGCCGACCAAGCGACGGGCGUGGCGGUCGCAGUGCGUCGGCGGAUGGCCGCAGGCGGUCAUGGUCGCGACCGCACCAGCACCACCACGGUUCGCAUGGGUCCAAUUUCUCGUCGAGUUCGCACCACCACCCCAACCACAACUCGACAGCGUACCCUCCACGGCGGCAUACUCCGCCGCCACAGCAAGCACCGUCUGCGCCGUCGCUUGCCAAGCCAAGGGAUCCCCCCCGGUCGAUGUCGUCAUCGUGGCUACCGAGUAGAUAAACUAGACUUUGUACACGCGAUGUGUUGGCGACAGACCAGGGAUUGCGAUUCCGCGCCACGGACUGCUCUGGACGAGAUGCCCGAGGUCCCAAGUUGCGGUGGGGGUAUAGAAACCGGUGGACAUCGCGCCACCUUGUUGCUGUG